AUGUCUUCAGUUGCCAGAGGCAGGCCGUCCAGGCGGUCUGUCCCCCGACGGAGUUACGUUGUUGAGGAGACGACGUCCGAAGAGGAGGAUCCCGGAAACGUUACGCCCACGGCCUCCCAUCACGACGACGACGACGACGACGAAGAUGAGGAGGAAUACACUCCAGUUCCACAAAAAGUCAGCAAAUCUAGAAGGACUUCCCGAAAGCGCGAAUCGUCAGAAGCGCCGACCCCAAGUACCGCACAACCCGUUCGCAAGAGAGGAAAGUCGAUGGCGUCCGAGUCAGUAGAGAUAUCGCAAAUUACCAUCGAGAACGACGAAAACGUUCAGACCACCGAGGACCCCCCCGCCGCAACGAUUGAAGAACCUGAGUCGCCUUCCCAGCAUGCUGCUCGCAAAAGAAAAAGUAUGCCUCAUCCACGCAAGAGUCGUGGCUCCCUUACGCCUCGUCCCGAACAGUCCUCACUCCCAACUCCAGAGCCCUCCGCCUCGCCACCAUCUCAGCCGCGGUCCCAGAGAGAUAGUGUGCCGCCGCUCGCCGAUAUUACCGAUUCGGCAGUGAAUCAGUCGCCGUCGAAACCCGCAGACGAACCCAAGUCCCAGGUUUCGAUCAUCAACCCCAACAGCACGGUCCUGGAAAAGCCGAUGGAUAUCAUGAUGAAAUCGCGUGCUUUGCCCCCUUCCCAGCCGGAGGAGCCUGCUGGUCCCAAAAGCCGGCUGAUGAUCACCACUUUAGUUCUGAUGAAUUUCAAGAGUUAUGCAGGCAAACAGGUCGUCGGACCCUUCCACGCCUCCUUUUCCUCUGUCGUCGGUCCGAACGGUUCCGGAAAGUCGAACGUGAUCGACGCCCUACUGUUCGUGUUCGGUUUCCGGGCCAGCAAGAUGCGACAAGGAAAGAUAUCUGCCCUCAUUCAUAACUCGGCUAACCAUCCCAAUUUACCCUUCUGUGAAGUGGAGGUCCACUUUCAGGAGAUUAUUGACCUACCCGGUGGAGAACACGAAGUCGUCCCAGAUUCCCAACUGAUCAUUUCUCGAAAGGCGUUCAAGAACAACACCAGCAAGUACUACAUGAACGGCAAGGAAACGAACUUUACCGCCGUGACCACCCUCCUGCGCGACCGUGGCAUCGAUCUCGACCACAAGAGAUUCUUGAUCCUGCAGGGUGAAGUCGAAUCCAUCGCGCAGAUGAAGGCCAAGGCCACCAACGAGCACGAAGAUGGAUUGCUGGAGUAUCUUGAAGACAUCAUCGGAACGUCCAAAUACAAAACACCGAUCGACGAAGCGGCUGCAGAACUCGAAACUCUGAACGAUGUCUGUAUGGAGAAAAAUAAUCGUGUGCAGCACGUCGAAAAAGAAAAGACGUCGCUGGAAGACAAGAAAAACAAAGCUCUCUCUUAUAUCCGGGACGAGAACGAGUUGACUCAGAAACAGUCCGCGCUCUAUCAGAUCUACAUUGACGAGUGUGCCGACAACAUUCGGGUUACGGAAGAGGCGAUCCUCCAAAUGCAGGAACUUCUGAAUCUCGAACUAGAGAAGCACGAAGGUAAUGAAUCCGGUAUCAAGGAGCUCGAAAAGGCCUACAAGCGCGGGAUGAAGGAGUACGAGAGCAUGGAGAAGGAGGCGCAGGCAUUGAUGAAAGAGAUGGCCAAGUACGACAAGGAAUCCGUCAAAUUCGAGGAAAAGAAGAAGUUCUUGGUUGGCAAGCAGAAGAAGCUGGAGAAAUCUAUGCAGGCUGCCCGUCUUGCUGCGUCGGAGUGCGAGAGUCUCGUUGAAAAGCAUUCCUACGACAUUGAGAAGAAGACGAAGGAGACGGCCGAGCUGGAGGCGGAGAUGAAAACAGAGGAGGCUGAGUUAUCGAAGAUCCGUGAGAGCCUGAAAGGCAAGACUCAGGGACUCUCCGAUCAGAUCACUGCGAAGCAGAAGUCCCUGGAGCCCUGGGAUGAGAAGAUCAACAAGAAGGUCUCCGCUGUUGCAGUGGCGCAGAGCGAGCUUGAUAUCCUUCGUGAGAGAAGCAAUGCAGGAGCAGUGUUACUCGAGGAAGCGCAGGCAAAGGUCUCGUCUAUUGAGGAAACAUUGGCGGCGAAGGAGGGCGACCUAGAAGAACGCAAGGCGCAAAAGGAGACGCUUGAGGAGGAAGUUGCAAAGCUGAAGCACGACCUCAAGAAGUAUGCUCAUCGUGAGCCGGAGGUCCGUGCUCAUGUCUCUAGCGCUCGCCAAAAGGCCGACGAGGCAAGGGCCAGUCUCGCCAACACUCAGAACCGUGGCAGUGUCUUGUCUGGACUUAUGCGUCUCAGAGAAUCUGGUCGUAUCGACGGUUUCCACGGUCGCCUUGGAAACUUGGGCACCAUUGAUGAAAAGUACGAUGUCGCAAUUUCGACAGCUUGCCCUGCUCUGGACAACAUGGUGGUAGACACCGUGGAAGUUGGUCAACAGUGCAUCGACUAUCUGCGCAAGAACAACCUUGGACGAGCCAACUUCAUUCUUUUGGAUAGGCUGCCGCGGCGCGAUAUGUCUACAGUUUUCACCCCGGAAAGUGUCCCGCGUCUGUUCGAUCUGGUCAAACCCAAGGACCCUAAAUUCGCACCUGCUUUCUACAGUGUCAUGCAGAAUACGCUGGUUGCGAAGGAUCUGGAGCAGGCCAACCGCAUUGCAUAUGGCGCUAGAAGAUGGAGAGUCGUGACCCUUGAUGGCCAGCUCAUUGACACCUCUGGUACUAUGAGUGGUGGUGGUACUCGUGUUGCGCGCGGUGGGAUGUCUUCUAAGCAGGUCGCCGAUGUGAGUCGCGAGCAAGUCACCAAGAUUGAGGGCGACCUUGAGGAGAUGGAGAGGAAAUACCAGGCUUUCCAGGAGAAGCAACGUCACAUCGAGGCUACAAUGCGCGAAAAGACCGAAGAGAUCCCCCGUGUCGAAACCAAGAUUCAGAAGAUUCUCAUCGAGAUCGAGAGCGCCAACCGCAGUCUUGCAGAUGCCCAGAGACGCGUCAAAGAGCUGAGCGCUGCUCACAAGCCAUCGAAGGCAGAUGCAAGUCAAGCAGAGAAUCUCGAGCAGCAGAUCGCCUCUCUGGAGGAGGAGAUCGAAGGUCUCCGGGCGCAGCGAGGAGAAAUCGAAGAAGAGAUUCAAACGCUUCAGAACAAGAUCAUGGAAGUGGGCGGUGUGAGACUUCGCAGCCAGAAGGCCAGAGUGGACGGCCUCAAGGAGCAGAUUGGUCUUCUUGCCGAUGAGAUCUCCAAUGCUGAAGUCGGAAAGUCCAAGAACGAGAAGCUCAUCACCAAGCAUAAGAACGCCCGCGAGGAUGCGGAGAGGGAGCUGGAGCAUGUCGCCGAAGAGCUCGAACGGUUGGAUGAGGAUGUUUCCAACCAGGCUAGUGAUGCAUCUGGAUGGAAGCAGAAAGUGGAGGAAGCGCAGGAGGCUCUUGAAUCGAAGAAGGGCGACCUUAAGAGUCUCAAGACGGAGCUCGAUGAGAAGGUAGCAGAGUUGAACGAGACUCGAGCGACCGAGAUCGAGAUGCGGAACAAGCUUGAGGAGAACCAGAAAGCCCUCGCAGAGAACGAAAAGCGCAGGCGAUACUGGAACGAGAAGCUUUCCAAGCUGGAGCUGCAGAACGUCAGCGACUUAGGGGAUGAACAGCAGCAGAUGGAGCUUCAAACGUUUACCAAGGACGAGCUGUCGGAGAUGAACAAGGAGUCUCUGAAAGCGGUCAUUGCAGCUCUCGAAGAAAAGACGCAGAACUCUUCGGUGGAUCUCUCGGUCAUUGAAGAGUACCGCCGUCGUAGUGCUGAACACGAAGCACGCUCGGCCGAUUUGGCGGCUGCUCUGGAGGCUCGUGAUAGCGCCAAGGCUCGCCUUGACGGAUUGCGUUCCGCUCGCCUGAACGGGUUUAUGGAAGGGUUCGGUAUCAUUUCCCUCCGCUUGAAGGAGAUGUAUCAGAUGAUCACCAUGGGUGGUAAUGCCGAACUCGAGCUCGUCGACUCCCUCGAUCCGUUCUCAGAGGGCAUCUUAUUCUCGGUGAUGCCGCCGAAGAAGAGCUGGAAGAACAUCGGUAACUUAUCUGGUGGUGAGAAGACGCUGUCUAGCUUGGCGCUGGUAUUCGCCCUGCACCACUACAAGCCAACGCCGCUGUAUGUGAUGGACGAGAUUGACGCAGCGUUGGACUUCCGAAACGUUUCGAUUGUGGCUUCGUACAUCAAGGAGCGGACGAAGAAUGCGCAGUUCAUCGUUAUCUCGCUGCGAAACAACAUGUUUGAACUUGCUUCUCGACUGGUCGGAGUCUACAAGGUAAACCACAUGACGAAGAGCGUUACGAUUGAGAACAAAGACUAUAUCACGGGGCGAUGA